UAUCGCUACUCGCAACUCGCUAGUUGCUUCUCGUACCUAUUUCGCCAGUCAGCUAUCAGAAUUAGUUAGGAACAGUAGCGUAAGCAAUAGUUUGUGUUGUCAAAUUAUAACUUUGCGGUAAUGAUUGUUUACAAUUAAAUUUCGUAUUAUUUUUUUCUAUCAACGCAUAUAUGUCAAAGCAAUCUUUUUGUCUACUACUACCCCCUGUGCAAACUUUCUAAUAACGGAUAUUGAUGUUAAUACAAGUAAUUUAACAACAGUGCCUUCAUACGAUGAGAACUCGAUUUAACAAUGAUGGAUAAAAAUGUGUACCAAAAUGUGCCGGUGAUCAUUGCAACCAAACUUUAGACUUCUUCAUAAUAACCAUAAUUCAAUUAUAAAGAUCAUGCAGUGGCUAGUAUUACUAGUGUUUUUGCCUACCUGCCUUGCUCAUCUGAAUGUUUACCUUAGUAGUGCUGAAGUAUGGAGAUUGCUUGGUCUGACUGCAGAACUGUAUUACGUGAGAGAAGGUCAGAUCAACUUGUACGCCCUCAACUUCCUGGUGCCUGUUCCUGCUACUAUUGGAGAGCUGAAUUUCACGUGGCAGAGUCUUGCGAGAAAACCGUUGCCGUACUCACUCCGAGUAGACGUAGUCUCGAAUCCAGAGGCGCUACACACGCCCACAUUGAGCAUAGCAAGCACAGGAUUCGUGCCAACGGAGCCACAGACAUGGCAAGUGGAGUUACCUUGUACAAGAACAGUCGCUGCCGAAGUUGACGUCACGAUUUCCCUAAACGUCUCCAUUGGAUCCAAUUCGACAGUUGUGCAUUUUCGAAGGCGUAAAAUUUGCCUGAAAGAUUCACCUCGGCCAGCCGUUAGAGUUGAUAAUGCCCCGCACUCAGCUACUUCUGCUGAUAUAUUCUACGCCGGUGCUGGCUGUGCGGGUGCAUUGCUACUGAUUGCUGCAGUAGCAGCGGCUGGCUGCAGGGCUAGAGCGAGAAAACUCCGCAGAGCAAGAAGUGAAGAACAAGACGCGCACGCCUUCUUACCUGACUCCUCGUGCAAAUCUGCCGCCAGCUAUACAAGUUACCGUCGCCCUACUUCUGUACCAACUGUUGCAGCGGAGGAAAGAGCAAGAGAUCUCCAGCAAAGGAUAGCAGAGUUGACCAUUCAAAGAUGUAGAGUGCGGCUACGUUCUGUGGCUAUGGAAGGCACGUUCGGCAGGGUUUACAGAGGAACGUAUGCGGACGAAGACGGUAGAGAACAAGAGGUUCUGGUCAAAACGGUUGCUGAACAUGCGUCACAAGUGCAGCUCUCUCUUUUGCUGCAAGAAGGCUGUAUGCUAUACGGAAUCCAUCAUGAGCGCGUGCUAUCAGUACUCGGCGUUAGCAUCGAAGAUCAGACGGCGCCGUUCCUCCUGUACCCCUGGGGAUCCCAGUGGAGGAAUCUGAAGCAGUUCCUGCUGGCGUGCAGAGGAGUUACGAUUGGUGGGGCGACAGGAUGCGCACCGCCCCCUCCAUUAACGACACAACACGUGGUCAGAAUGGCGCUUCACGCGUUGGACGGUCUUGCAUAUCUGCAUUCACAGCACGUUCUGCAUAAGGAUAUCUCCGCGCGAAAUUGUGUGGUCGACGAAAACCUUCGAGUAAUGAUCGCUGACAAUGCACUGUCACGCGAUCUCUUCCCUGCAGACUACCACUGCUUAGGUGACAACGAAAACCGCCCCAUAAAAUGGCUGGCGUUAGAGGCACUCUCCAAGAAACAAUUCAGCCCGGCGUCAGAUGUCUGGGCGCUAGGUGUACUCCUCUGGGAGUUGACUACACUGUCGCACCAGCCGUACGCUGAAGUGGAUCCGUUUGAAGUAGCAGCGUAUUUGAGGGAUGGCUACAGAUUGCAACAGCCGGCGAAUUGUCCCGAUGAAUUGUUCGCUGUAAUGGCUUAUUGCUGGGCCAUGUCCCCCGACGACAGACCCACACUACCACAGCUACAGAUCUUCCUACGAGACUUCCACGCACAACUAACGAGAUUUGUUUGAACAUUCCCCUAUAGAAUCUCGUUGCCUUAUCUAAGUGUUAUAUUGGUGUAGUGUCCCUGAUUUAAAAACUAUUUAAACAGUGCAGUGACCAAAGACUUUUCAGGAUAGGAUACUUAAUUUGUGGCCCUAAAAUUUGGGACUUUUUACCACACCCUAGAAUCGGUGGCUUAGACAAUAUAGUGGUUUCGGCGAAACUGUUUGUCGUUCAGUGAUUUAUCGAGAAAGACGUUUUAUUAAGACUGAAUAAUUUCCUUACGUUUUAAUUAUGUCGUCAAACAUUUUUGUUUUUAAUUUUUGUGGUGCUGCUCAGAUAUUUUGUUACAUUGAAAACACAGUGUGUUUUAUUUAAUUCGGUUUUAAUAUAAAUUUGCUAAUUGCAACUUUCAGCGUAUAAAUUUCAUCUUGUGAUAUCUGAUAUGAAAUAGCAGUGAUAAAAUAUAUUAAAUAGAGUGCAUUGUGUAUUCUCUUCGUUCAUAAACUAUUGUAUUCUUAGCAAAUAUUUGCACAAAAAUAUCUUGGCAGCGAAAAUACUUUUAACAAAAUUACUUUAAACAAAAUGAAAGCAAAAAUGUGUGACGCGACAAUUAUAUAAAAAGCCUCAUGCUGCCAUAUUAGAGUUAUGUUUAUGUAAAUAUUAGAUUCGAUUUAGUUUAAUUGUUUAUAUGAAUGUUAUAUACGUAUAAUGAAUGUGCCUAUUUGUAUAUUGUUCAGAUAUUUUAUGUACCUAUUGAUAAGUACAACUAAAACAUCUCGAUCGUAAUAAAUUUAAGUGUACAACGCGUAUUUACAGUUAGAUGUUCUUGUCGAUUUAAACACUUUUGAUUUAAUGUUCAGCAGAGUUGUUUUUUUUGUAAUGACUAUUCCUCAUCCAGAUAUUACAAACAGUGUAAAAGAAACAUUUGUAGCUAAGUUUCCAUACAAACGCUCUCAGCUAUUCACUCCUUGGUUUUGAUAUCAAUAUCAUCUUUUUCUGUGUCUCUCUGUUUUGCUUUUUUAGUGCUUAAAACGGCUUAAUCAUAUAGGCCGCAAAUAGAGGCCUAAUGUACAAAUCUGACAGCAAUAAGGAAAAAAACCAAAAUAGUGGGACACAGAAAAUUUUCUAUGCAUUUAAUUUCCAAAAUUUUGUUACGAUUCAUUCAUUUUUGGAGGAGGAAAUUGCUGAAAAUCAGCCCUAUUUAAGUUAAUUUUUCUCGCCCGCGUUUUUGUGACGGUAUGCUGUUUUAGAAUUCUUCUUAGAAAUUAAUUAAUUCUUUUAGAAAUCUGAAAAAGUAUAAAUAGCUUUACCUUUUCUUUGCUGUUGUUAAAUAUUUUUGGAGUUAUUUGGAGACCUUUCGCUAUAUAUGGACCAUGUCUUAGAGUAAUAACCCACCUUAUUUCUUAAUAUUAACCCGUUGAAAUAAGAAUGUGAAUGUUGGAAUCACACAGAUAACUAUAACCAGCGAAAAAACAAUUCAAAAUGAGACGAGAUAUUUCAUAUUCUUAUUUGAACGUUGGAAUUGGUUUAAAAUUAUUACAAACUGUGCUUUUAUAUCUGGCUACAAUGUUUUACGGUAUUUCUAUAUCAUGAACGCAUACGAAAAAUACAGCGCGUGUAAGGUUUUGGAAGAAUCCUUUUGAAGUAAAGUAUGAUCCCACUAAUAUUGUUAUUUUAAUAAUAGGCCUUGGCAAGAAAUUAUAUGCGGAUUGCUUAUAAUAAUAUUGUCAAUUAUAAAAUGCGCCACGAUCGCUAGCAACCAUCUUUUGCGCAUUUCCUAACACCGCUCAAGAUCGUUGCCUCGGCGUACAAUACUAAAACUAUUACCGUCAUUAUUGAUCUUGAUUAGAUGUAAGUGUAAGUUUCAAUGCCACUUGCACUGUCAGCUAAUGUUAUCUUAUUCUUGUGCAAUCGGAAUGGGAUGGGACGUUGUCGAAAUAACAUUAAAAUGACAUCUCUUGAGCUAAGUGUUAGCAAGAAAGUCCUUAAAGUUCUGAACAAAAAAAUAUGUUUUACCUGGAUGACAUGCUAUUCUGAUCACAUUGAAUACUAAGUUAUACUAUCAUUAAGCCUUCACAUUUAACUUUUGAAGGGUUUUCUUUUACUUAAAUUUAUAAAGUGUUUUUUUUAUUGUUUUUGAUGAUUCCAUUAAUCAGUCAGUUUUUCUUUGGACUUCCAAUCAAUUAAUUUGUUAUUUUGAUUUAAAACUGCGAUCAAUUAAUUACUUAAUUAUGAAUGACCAAUUGAGAUAUUAAAUGUAAGUGAGUAUAUCUAUUACUUUUUGCAAUUAACAUUUAAAUAAUAAGAACAGGAAUGACAAAAUGUAGCUAGUUAAUAUUCUUAUUUAUUUAGCUGAGAACUUAUGUGCCAAAUAUAUAAUUGACUUGCGUAUGUGCCAAUAAUAAAUGGAAUUUGUUUAAUAUUUGAAGACAACGUAAGUUUUGUUUUGUUCAAUAAUGACAUAUUCUGAAUUAGAACUAUGACAAUUAGAGAUGGGCCGAAUGUGGUUUGAACCGAAUACGAACUUGGUCAGAACAUUCGGUAAAAAUCAAAAACUCGGCUGGAGUUCGGUUAAUUUUCGCCGCGCUUUCUUGAGAGUGACUUCUUGUGUAUGCAUCGCCGUUAGCUAUGCCCCAAACGCACUCCGUUCAUACCCGCGUGGGUCUAGGCUAGUCGGCGCUCAUUAGCAAAUACGUCAUCUUUUCUUAGGUGUUUUAACGAGGUUUAAGUUGAGAAAUAUUAAUAUUUUCUUGUUGCAAGUGUUAAAGGACUAGGUUUAUUUAAAAGAUAUAACAGAUUUUUGGUAUUAAUUUCAAUUAAAAAAGUGCAAAUAUUUUGUUUAGUUUUUUCUUGUACAGAAUAAGCUGAACUUUGGCCGAAUGCUGAAGCUGGGUCCAAGCCGCCAAAGUUCCGUUCAACCGAAUGUAAAACGAUGUUCAGCCCAUCCCUAAUGAUAAUAUAAAUAAACUCCGGUUAAAUAAGAUUCGCGUUGUAGUUAGUUUUGGGUUGAAGUGACUGUUAUAUUAAUUUAUUAUUGUGGGAGCGAUACAACUAUUAUAGAUGUAAUAUAGCUAUGUGUAUAUUUGUAAAUAUACAAAAGUCAAUAUAUGAGUGAAUCAACAAA